AUUAAAAACUGUCAAAGUAAAAAGGGAAGGAAGAAAAAACCAAAUUGGAUAUUUUCCCCCGCAAAUGUGUGUGAUUAGUUUAGUAUAUAUAACCUCCUAUCCUAAAUAAAUAAAUUUUUAAAACAAUCAAAAUUAACUAAACUCAGUUUUAACAACGCCAUAAAUUCAUUAAAAAUGACAAGAGCAAGCAUUGAACUUGGCGAUGUCACUCCACACAACAUUAAACAAUUGAAGAAACUCAACACAGUUGUCUUCCCAGUCUCGUACAACGACAAGUUCUACAUUGAUGUCCUCGAAGCUGGUGAAUUGGCCAAAUUGGCUUAUUACAAUGACAUUGUUGUUGGAGCAGUUUGUUGUCGCAUAGACACAUCCGAGAAUCAAAGGAGACUUUAUAUCAUGACAUUGGGAUGUUUGUAUCCUUAUCGUAGAUUAGGCAUUGGCACUGUUAUGUUCAAUCACAUUCUCAAUUAUGUGGAAAGCGAUGGAAACUUUGAUAGUAUUUUCCUCCAUGUGCAAAUCAACAACGAUGGAGCUAUUGCAUUUUAUAAGAAAUUCGGUUUUGAAAUUGUCGAAACCAAACAACAUUAUUACAAGCGCAUUGAACCAGCGGACGCACAUGUCCUCCAAAAGACCCUUAGGCAGAAUCCAAGUCCUACAAGCAAUAGCCACGAUGCUACUCAGACAAAUGGUUUCGAUAAGAAAGAAAAAAAGGCAUAAACAAGAUCAAAGCUAUAGAAACGAAUAUAUUGUCGAUGUGAGCUAGAUUUUGCUAAGUUCAAAAAAGUCUAUAAAUGCGGGUUAAAAUUUUACAUCAAACAAAAAAAUAAAAAAUAAUCAAAUUACAAUAAAGCAAAACAAACAAACAUAAAAAAUAUAACCGUAAUAUACAAAAAAAAAUAAAAUCAUAAAA